AUGGAUAGAUGCAAACAUGUCGGGCGGUUGCGGCUCGCCCAGGACCACUCCAUCCUGAACCCGCAGAAGUGGUGCUGCCGGGAGUGCGCCACCACCGAGUCCGUGUGGGCUUGUCUCAAGUGCUCCCACGUGGCCUGCGGCCGCUACAUCGAAGAUCACGCCCUGAAACACUUUGAGGAGACCGGGCACCCGCUAGCCAUGGAGGUCCGGGAUCUGUACGUGUUCUGUUACCUGUGCAAGGACUACGUGCUCAACGACAACCCGGAGGGGGACCUGAAGCUGCUCAGAAGCUCCCUGCUGGCGGUCAGGGGCCAGAAGCAGGACCCGCCGCUGAGGCGCGGCCGGACGCUGCGGUCCAUGGCCGCCGGCGAGGAUGCCGUCCCGCCGCAGCGCGCUCCUCAGGGACAGCCGCAGAUGCUCACGGCUCUGUGGUACCGGCGCCAGCGCCUGCUGGCCAAGACGCUGCGACAUUGGUUCGAGAAGAGCUCCCGCGGCCAGGCGAAGCUGGAGCAGCGGCGGCAGGAGGAGGCGCUGGAGCGCAAGAAGGAGGAGGCGCGGCAGCGGCGGCGCGAGGUGAAGCGGAGGCUGCUGGAGGAGCUGGCCAGCUCCCCUCCGCGCAAGAGCGCGCGCCUGCUGCUGCACGCCCCGCGCGCCGCCGACGCCCCGCGCCCCGCCUCACCGCGCGCGCCCGCCGGGGGCCGCCCGCCGCCGCGCCGCGCGCCCGCCAUGGCGCCGGGCGUCACGGGCCUGCGCAACCUGGGCAACACCUGCUACAUGAACUCCAUCCUGCAGGUGCUCAGCCACCUCCAGAAGUUCCGCGAAUGUUUUCUGAACCUCGACCCUUCCCAGACCCAGCAGCUGUUUCCCAAGGCCCCCAACGGGAAGGCUCCGCUCUCCGGCAGGCCGGCCGGCAGCUCCGCCACCGAGCUGUCGGCCAGGAGCGAGGGGGCCGACGCGUGCGAGCGGGAGGGUCUCUGCUUCAAUGGCGGGGCCUCCAUCAGCAGGAGCCUAGAACUCAUCCAGAACAAGGAGCCGAGCUCGAAGCACAUUUCCCUCUGUCACGAACUGCACACCCUUUUCCGAGUCAUGUGGUCCGGAAAGUGGGCCCUGGUGUCGCCCUUCGCCAUGCUUCACUCCGUGUGGAGCCUGAUCCCCGCCUUCCGCGGCUAUGACCAGCAGGAUGCGCAGGAGUUCUUGUGCGAGCUGCUGCACAAAGUGCAGCAGGAACUCGAGUCCGAGGGCACCACGCGCCGGAUCCUCAUCCCCUUCUCCCAGAGGAAGCUCACCAAACAGGUCUUAAAGGUGGUGAACACCAUAUUCCACGGGCAGCUACUCAGUCAGGUCACAUGUGUAUCAUGCAAUUACAAAUCCAAUACCAUUGAGCCCUUUUGGGAUCUGUCCCUGGAAUUCCCUGAACGGUAUCACUGCAUAGAAAAGGGGUUUGUCCCUUUGAAUCAGACAGAGUGCCUGCUCACUGAAAUGCUGGCCAAGUUCACAGAGACAGAGGCCCUGGAAGGGAGAAUCUACGCUUGUGACCAGUGUAACAGCAAACGACGAAAAUCCAAUCCCAAACCCCUUGUUCUGAGUGAAGCUAGAAAGCAGUUAAUGAUCUACAGACUACCUCAGGUCCUCCGGCUACACCUUAAAGAUUCAGUAAGAACUUUCUAUCCAUGUUUUAGGUGGUCUGGCCGUAAUCAUCGAGAGAAGAUUGGGGUCCAUGUCGUCUUUGACCAGGUAUUAACCAUGGAACCUUACUGCUGCAGGGACAUGCUCUCCUCUCUUGACAAAGAGACCUUUGCCUAUGAUCUCUCCGCAGUGGUCAUGCAUCACGGGAAAGGGUUUGGCUCAGGACACUACACAGCCUAUUGCUACAACACAGAGGGAGGUUUUUGGGUCCACUGCAAUGACUCAAAGCUGAAUGUAUGCAGUGUCGAGGAAGUGUGCAAAACUCAAGCCUACAUCCUUUUUUACACUCAAAGAACAGUUCAGGGCAAUGCAAGAAUUUCAGAAAACCAACUCCAAGCUCAGGUGCAGUCCAGCAACAACGAUGAGGGCAGACCACGGCUCAUCCCCUGAAUGGGAGGCACGUUUCAAGGACUGGCCUGCUUUUAAACUAUUGGUGUUCGUAUAUCUUUCCUCUUACAGGAAAUAAGGUUUAGUGCAGGAACAGAGUACUAGGUUUGCCUCACUGGGACUACAGCAGAAGGUGCUAGGUGACUCAUGUUCUAUCAUAAAAUCUGUAGUCACUUUCUCUUGAAUGGAUUUGGGAAUUCCCUCCUUUGAUAAAACAGAAGGAGUAACUUCUAUGAAGAUUCUUUCAUCAGUUGCUUCUGAAUAGAGAGGAUCUGGGUGGAGGAAAGAGGGGGUAAAUGGAUCAUAUGCAGCCAGGAGAGCAGCCAUGUUUUCUUUCCAUUAUGUGAUUCCCCCAUUAACCAGGACCUCCCUGUGACCCCAGAAGAACCCUCCUGAUGUGAACAGCCCUGGACAGAGCAUGUGAGGUGGGGCCCUGGGCUGGCAGCUUGCUGGAUGGGAUUGGUUCCAAGGCAGGAAGUGGAUAAUAAGGAUUUGUCCCCACAAAGGAAGUAACCCUCAAGGGCUGACAACUUGCAGACUUCCUUUUUUAGGGAAUAGCAGUGAAAGAGUGGAAUGAGAUGCGUAGAGCAAGUUUCCCCAUGCAAAACGGGAGGUUUUUCAAGUGUCCUACCUUCCCUGGCUGCUGCUGUCAUUGAGUCAUUCCACGUCUUCUGAACAUCCCUUCAUUCUAGAGCAGUUCCUAUGGGGAAGCAAUCAACUGGUCCGUGACAUGUUCUUAGUUGCAUGCCAAGCAGAAGGACGCCCCUGGCUACCCAGUUCUGUAGCAUAUUCCUGGUUCAGGUAUAGGACAAGCACAUGGUUUGGUAUAAAUUGGUCUUUAGGUCAGUUGUCUGAGGCUGGCUCAGAAUUCAGUUGAGGGUAGGCAGGGAUAGCUGUGGACCAGGCCUUAUCUGAAUGCCCAUCACCUGUUCUCACCUUUGUGCAGCACACAGCUUUUCUUAGCCUGCAGCUUUUAGCUUGCACCUGGAGGGCUUGGAACAUUCUUGUUCAGCACAAGGUUUGGGAACUUACGCUUUUCUAGGGCUUAGGAAUCUGCCCCCAUAUGUCUGAACAGUUCAUUGCUGCUGGCCCCAGCCUGUUCCCUCCCAAAUUUGAUAAUCCUUACUGUUUCUUGACCCUCCUACACUCAGUCCAUCUGAGGGGGGGAAAAAAAGAAAAAAGAGUGCCCUGUCUUUUACUUAAGUGCUAGUAAAAUACAUAUUUCUUUUUAUACCGGGUCAGUUUCUAAGUGGAAUGAAAUUGCCCAGAUGGAAACCCUCCUUCUCAUCAGGCACCACUGAAUUUCCCUUCUCAGUCCUGCAGUAAGAGUGAAUGCAGCCCGGAACUCUCACUGUGGGGCUGCUGCGGCCCGCCUCAGCCUGUCACUGUGAAAGCUCAUCUUCUGACUGAGUGUAUCAACCCAGUGUUUCAAUUCAGGUAGAAGUACAGUUGUCACUUGAAGGAAGCAGAUGUGGAGGGAGUUGGGGAAGGGUGGGAGGUUGGGAAAAGAGGGGGUAAGAUGAGGGUCGUAGCUUAGGGGUGUUGAUGAGCCCCAUAGCCAGAGCAGAUCUGUAGCAUUUGCUGUUGACCUCUUUUGAGAUGGACUCUCCCACAGGACCUGUCAGACAGCACUGAGACAUGGAGGAAAUUCAGACAGAAAAUGGCUCACCCUGAUAAAGAAAGGGGAGUGACUAUAUUUUAAAUUAAACUUGCUUUUUCCAACACUGUGAGGUUUCUGUAAUAUUUAGCUUUUAUUUGGAAGCGAUAGCGUAUGGCAUUUUUUAUGCUAUUUGGUUUAUAUUGUCUACUGCAGGCUUCUUUGUACAAGCUUGGCCCGGGCUCACCCUCUCCUGGACACUGUUUUAAAGUGUCACAGCUGCCCAUGCUGCCAGAGGCUCUGAUGCAAAGCUAUACUCUCUAGAUCCACAUUUUUAAGUUGGCAGUCUUGGUGAUGACUUUUCGUGGCAAUGAAAAGCCCAUUAACUCAAAACAAAACAAAACAAAAAAAACAAGCAAAAAACUCCAAGGAGAGUGAAAAGGAAAAUAUAAAUUGUGCCUCAUCUUUCUUUGAAUGCUGUAUUUGUUAUUCUAGAAAAAGAGAACUUACAAAUGGAAAAGAAAUAAUAGAGCAUCUACUUCAUCCCUCAGGCUGUUUCCGGGGGAAACUUAAGAAAAAUGAACAUUUAAUGGAAAAUUAAAAGAUCUUCAAAUUUAAUUUUUAAAAAUAGUUUUAUACCAAAUAUUUAUAAGAAUUAUUAAGCAGACUUAAGGACUUUGUGAAAGAAACGCUUGACUUAGCUGAGCACCUAUUAACAAGUUCAUAAAAUUGUUUAAAAUGAGUUGGAAUAGAAACCACUACCAGAGUCCUCACUGAGCUGCGUACUCUCGAAGGUGCCCCUGCAGUCACAGACACCUCAGGUACCCAGAGGCAGCAGCACUAGACGCUGUUGAGAAGUUAGUAUUUAUGGAAACUUUUAUUAAAGAGUUCCCUGCUGCAUAAGCCAAUGGCUGUUGUGAGGGAAAUGUCCCUUUGCCUUUAAUUUAUUUACAUAUUGGAAGUAGAUGGAUUUCUUAGUUGCAUCUCACUUUAAACUGAAACAUUCUAAAGAGAAGAAGAUAAGAACCAGGUAGACGUUGACUAGAUGCUGCCAAAUCAAACCUGAUAUCUCCUAUCUGAACCUACGGGGGCCUGCUUCUCCCAGACAAGUAGUUGGAGUCCCAUUCCAGGAACCCUUUGUAGUUGGCUGGUGUGUUUACUUUCUGCUGUAGCCAGCCAAGAUGAAUGCACCCUGGCCCUCAAAAAGGAUUUUUUACCUCAAUCUAGUUUGACCCUCAUACUUGUGGUUGCCUCUGAGGUGAGCAUCCGUGCUAGUGUUUAAAAAAAAAAAAAAAAAAUUAGGAAUGCCCUCAACAGCCAGGAACUGAAGCUCUUAUUAAAUGGUGGGCAGAGCUCUUGCCAGUUUUGAUCCAGUCCCCUCUCAGGCUGAGGGGAGCAGUGCCACGCUGAAAAGAAUUUCCAGAUGUCUCUUAAAAUGUCAUGAAUAAAAUUAGAAAACUGUAGGAGUGUUAAUGUGUCCUAUGGACUCAAUAGAAGAAUUUAUUUUUGUUUUUAAUGGCAAGGCUUCUAGAGUCAAUGAUUGUAUGAGUUCCCUACUCUGGCUAUGCUUAUAGCUUCAUCCAAGUGCAAGAACUAAUAAAAUGAAUUGGCUGGCCGUGGGGCAUAGAUGGCCCUAGUCAGGCCCCUGCAUAAGCCUGAGAGAGGUCGACGGUAGUACAGAAUGAAAACUUGGUUGGGUGUGGGGGGGUGGGAUGUGGGUGGGCAGGCAGGGAGGGGGAGAUGGAGUUUGUUUUACUUAUUGAUAAAGCUUUGUGAACUAAUUUUAUACAAUUCAUAACAUUUGGUGCCUUGUACCGUUAUGGUUUGCAUGGGAUUGAAAAGAUUAAGGGAAAGGAUGUCGCCUUGUCAUUUCGGGUGGCAAAUGGGUCUGUACAGUGUAAAGGACAUUUGGUAUCAGACUUUCUGAAAGCAUUUCAUCUCAUGUGUGUGAAAGAUAAUUAUUCUUACCAGCAAGUUCUGAAAUUUUACUGUAAUGUCCAAAAUCUUUGGAUUUGUGACUAUUCAUCAAAUGGCUGCUUUUCAAGGCAGACUAUGUACCCCAUUCUUUCUCACCACCCCUUUUAUGUUCCAAACAUUAACUCGGUCCUCUUCGGGUAGGCUGGGAGUGCUAACUCUUCUCAAACAUAUACUAUACCCCUAUCGGGUUAUAUCUUAUGAGUGGAAGGGUUGCUUUUCCAGCUGGUUGGGAGAGCACAAAAUGUUCAGAAAGGGCCUUUUUUUCCUAAUGCUGGCCAACUUAUAGUAGAAGUUGAACAAAAAUGGUUCCUCCUGAAGUAUUGCCUUCAUUAAUUAGUUCUGAGGUUCUUUUGCACAAAAUUUCAGGAAGCAGUGUAGGACACAAUCCCCUAUACGUGAACCUUUAGAUUGUAUAGCAAGCCAGUGCACUGUGUAAUAUGCAAAAGAGAAGGCUCAAAGAACCUGUCCUGGCCCCCCAGCCCUUUUCCCUGGCAGGCGCGACUGGGAUGGUGCUGAGUGGCUGUGGAAGGGGAGAAGACCCAGCCCACUCACCUGUAGGGCUGUUUACAGCCUAUUCUUUCACGCUGACCUUAAGGUUUCCACUGAGCUCACGAGACUUCACCAAAGGGUGUUUAAAAAGCUCACUGCUCGAAGCACAUUUGAUAAUUGGUUCCUUCAGCCUAAUGACUGGCCUAAUUAGGUGAGGAGGUUGUACUUUUGGAGCAGAAUCUCCCAUGGCAACUUAGUUUUUUUACUGGGUAAGUAUACAUCUCCCUGGUGGUUCAGAUUCUUUUUGAAAUCAGCACUAAAGCUGAAAGCGUCUUCUAAAUACGACUGUGAGUUUAGUUUAGAUCUUUCACAUUUAACCAUUCUCUUGGUCUAGGGCUCUGACUUUAACCAGUGUUUAAUCUUCAACCCACACAUUGUUCUAAAUACACCAUAGCUAUUCUAGCACUGGGGCAAAUGGUCAUUUUUGUGGACUCUUUCCAUUCUUCUACUGGCAUGUUUCCACUUAAAAUCUAACCAGGUAGUGUAAGAGAUUUCUGUAGUACUGUGUUAACCAGCCAGGGCUGAAAACCAUGUUGACAGAUGUGAAAUUGACUUCGCUUGGGGAGGAUGUUGUGUUGGAAUGGUGAAAGCCAGCAUUUUAAUCUACAGAAUUAAUGACUAUUCGUUGAAAUUUGGGGAGAUUGUAGAUUGGAUAGCUUUACUUGCUAAAUUCUUAACACUUUGAGGAAUUAAGCCAGUUUAAAUGAAACUUUACCUUGCCAGUAUUAUGGCUUUAUAAACCAACUAACAGUAAACACUAUUACUUGAAGUUAAAACAAAAUUUUGGGUGAAAUAUGACUUGUGCUUUGGAAGCUGCCAUGUCUUAAUUUUUGCUGCAUUUUAUUUUCAACUUUUAAAAAACUUUAUAAAGUAGAACUGCUGACAGUUAUGAGUAGAUCAGGUUGCAGACUUUAAGGAUCUGUUUCAUACCUAUGAAGAACAGGAGGUGCUGGUAUUUCUUGUUUUAGCAGUGGUCUGAUGCAGAUCUGAAGGGGCUUAGAAUCUAUGCUAUGGCUUAAAAGUUUCCUUCCUGGUCACCAUUUGGGAGGUGAUGGCUUCAAUCUAAGCCUUGAUCUCAUGUAUGUGACCCUCAUCUUAACACCCAAUAAGAUGGCUAUUACACCUGUCAAACUAUCUGUGGUCCCGGUGUAGAUAGAUUCUUAGAGGGUCUUGGCUUUAUGGUAAGCCGUCUGCAGGCCUGAAUUCACACACACACACAUUCCUAACAGAUGGGACCUACCUGAUUACUGCAAGGGAAUGGUGCUUUGUAAAAUACACAUACACAAUCUCAUUCUCAAACAGAUUUCUUAACGAGAUUUACGCAGGUAGGGUCAAAAAGGACUGUUUUGUCCUAUUUACCUUUUGUGAACAGAUCAGUAAGACAUCUGUCAGUUCUAACAAUUAGGCCACUGUGGUGUAUUCAUACUGAUCCCCCUCUUUUCCAAUUCAUGUCCUUUAAUCCAUACCAGUUCCAUAGGAGACCUGGCAUGGAAAAGCAGGAUUUUAAAAAAUGACUGGUAGAUGGGGUGCCUGGCUGACUCAUUCAGAAGAGCAUGCGACUCUUGAUCCCCAGGUCAUGAGUUUGAGCCCCACAGUGGGUGCAGAUUAAAACUGUUUUAAUCUUUAAAACAAAAAUUUAAAAAUGCCUAGAAUAAAUUAACUGGGAAUAAAAUUGCCUACCAUCUCCACAUCUACCUGAGCCUACAUGAGUCUUUUCCAUAUGUUCCAUUUCCAAAGAACUCCCAACUCUUGGACAGUGACACUAUCGUGAAUUUAGGGUAAGAAAACCUCUAUUUCCUUGUGAAGAAAGCAGCUUCCUCAGGCAGUGACACUUCAGUGCCCACUGCCCAGGCCUGCUUACACUUUGACUCCAUUGCACAUCACUGCCCUCUUUCCAUCAACAAAUCCCACUUGAUGACAGCAACAAUGCCCCCUGGUGCCUGGAAAACCCACCUGGUGCACUAAAAUGCUAUGCAACACCAAAUGGCUUCUUCCCCUAGUUCUGCUCAAAAAAGUGGAAAUUCCUCCAAAAUAAGUUUCACCUUAUGUUGACAUCAAUGUACAGUGGCUACAGUUUCCCUUUUUUUUUUUUUUUUUUUUUAAAGCAAACCACCUCUGUUACAAUCUGUGUUUGGGGCUUGUUCCUGUCUCUUGAGUGUGAACUAUAAAUCAUGUUUUUAUGAUUUUUGUAAAUCUUGACUUUUUACACCUUGUUUUUGUAAGCUGAAGUUUCUUAUUAAAAGAAUAAAAUGAU